UAAUGUGUGGCAGUUUACAACUUGAACAAUGACGUCUGCUGCUUGAGAAUAGCCUGUGGAGGAGGGAGGAGGGAAAUAAGCAGGCAGUCAGAGAGAAGUGCCCACCCCCUUCUCCCCCUUUGCAACAAACCUGCCUACUGUAGCAGAGCGGCUGACGGGCUGUGAUGCUGCAGCAGUUUGCGGAUAAAAGUCCCGCUGCGUUGCUGCAGACAUAAAGAACUCAGUUGGAUGUCUGUGGAUGCUGAGCAGGCUGAAAACCCUCCGCAGGACUUUAAAGCAUUUUAACAACAGAAAUGUAAAAAUCUGCACCAUGGAAGUGGCUCCAGAGUAUAGCACCACAGUUAACACUUUCACUACCACAGCUCUGUUGGUGGCAUGCCUCACUCUGCUGCUCUCCGUCUGGCUGUGGCUCCGGCAGCGGGGGUCCAUCCCGGGCCUGCCGGGGCCCUUCGCCUGGCCCGUUAUCGGGAACGCCGCGCAGCUCGGCACCGCGCCGCACCUCUACUUCAGCCGCUUGGUGAAAAAAUACGGCAACGUGUUCCAGAUCCAGCUGGGCAGCCGCGCGGUGGUGGUGCUGAACGGAGACGCCAUCAGACAGGCGCUCAUCAAGCAGGGUCUGGACUUCGCCGGGAGACCGGACUUCACCUCCUUCAAGCACAUCUCUGACGGCCACAGCAUGGCGUUCGGGACCGUCUCAGACUGGUGGAAGACGCACCGCAAAGUGGCCCAAUCCACGGUGCGCAUGUUCUCCACCGGGAACCCGCAGACCAAGAAGACGUUUGAGCAGCACGUCCUGGCCGAGUUUAAGGAGCUGCUGCAGCUGAUGGUGCAGAAAACACGGGAGGAGCGCUUCUUCCAGCCGAACACCUACCUGGUGGUGUCCACGGCCAACGUGAUGAGCGCGCUCUGCUUUGGGAAGAGAUACUCCUACGACGAUGAGGAGUUUAGGGAGGUGGUGGGCAGGAACGACAAGUUUACGCAGACUGUGGGAGCGGGGAGCAUCGUGGAUGUGAUGCCCUGGCUCCAGUACUUCCCCAACCCUAUUAAAACCAUGUUCGAUGAGUUCAAGCUGCUUAAUAAUGACUUUGUGGUGUUCAUCCGGGAUAAAGUCAUUGAGCACAGGAAAACCAUCGAGUCUGGUGCCAUCAGGGACAUGACGGAUGCUUUUAUUGUGGCUCUGGACCAAAUCAGAGAAAAGUCUAGACUCUCAUCUGAGAAAGACUACGUGACCCCCACCAUAGGGGACAUAUUUGGAGCCAGCCAGGACACCCUGUCCACUGCACUGCAGUGGAUCAUUCUCAUCCUUGUCAAGUACCCUGAGAUGCAAGCACGUCUUCAGCAAGAGGUGGACAGAGUUGUGGACCGGGUCCGCCUCCCCGCCAUUGAAGACCAGCCUCAGCUGCCGUACGUCAUGGCCUUCAUCUACGAGGUGAUGCGCUUCACCAGCUUUGUCCCCCUCACCAUUCCCCACUCUACGCUCACAGACACCUCAGUCAUGGGCUACACCGUGCCAAAGAACACGGUCAUCUUCGUUAACCAGUGGUCCAUCAACCAUGACCCAGCAAUUUGGUCCAACCCAGAAUCCUUCAACCCAGAGCGCUUCCUUGAUCCCCAGGGGGCGCUGAACAAAGAUCUGACCAGCAACGUUCUCAUCUUUUCAUUGGGACGACGGCGGUGUAUUGGGGAGGAGCUCUCCAAGAUGCAGCUGUUUCUCUUCACGUCCCUGCUGGCGCACCAAUGCAACAUCAUCACUGACCCGGAAAAGACCCCAACCCUGGACUUCAAUUAUGGCCUGACUCUUAAACCGCUCGAUUACUCCAUAGCAGUGUCUAUGCGGGAAAAUUUGACUCUGCUGGAUGCAGCCACCUCUCCACUGCUAAAAAAGGAGUCUUGAUUAGAUUUACAGAAAAGGACUGAAAUGAAACAAAUGAAGAAUAAUGGUUGGACCCAGGCUUUGGUCUAUGCCUUUAAAUACAGCAGAUAAACAGAUGCAGACAAAUCUCUUAACGCCUCUGCUUAAUAUUUGCACAGAGCCUUAAAAUAAAUAUGUUAUUGCUUAAGCACAUCCUCACACACAAAAAUAAAUGUAGAAUAUGCAACCCAAUUAAUUAAAUGGGAAAUAAAAUCCCACAUUUUUGUAUUUAUUUUGAACAAAUUCACCAGUUGCAUAAAUAUUGACACCCUCUGUUGACAACUUGGAGAUCUCACUUUGAGACAGAUGUCUGUGGUGUUUAGACCAUAUGAAUCUGAUCAUUCUACUACCGAAAAACCAAAGAAAACCAAUGUUCAAUUCACUAAAUCUUUAUUUAUAACUGACAGGGUAAGAAUUAUGGGAGACUAAUAAGCUUUUUAUUGAUUUGCAGACUCCCAAAAAACCAGUAAUGGUUCUUAAAUUGUCUUUAUACCCUAGAAGAACUCCUCAUUGUAAUGAUUGGGCCAUUGUUUUGUUUACCUAAAUGUGAAAGUGUUGUAGUCAAGCUAAAGAAAGGAUGAAAAAAAUCAUGUUAUGCUGCUGUAAUUAAAAAUUAUACACAUUUUUCAAGGUUUUUAACACAUGUUUUACUACUGGUACAUAUAACUGUGUCUAAAUCUAAAUUUCUAACCUCUGGGGUUCUUGUUUGUGCAGCCCAGAAAGCAAUGGGACAUCUGCUUCACAGGAGACACGAUGCAGAACAUCCACCCACAUUCAGCAUUAGUCAGAUAGGCCAAGUAGCAAUUACCUAUGAUCUUUGUAUUUAUCAGACCUGAGGAGUGCAGUAAAAACAAGAAAACUGUCAGUUAAAAAAGAAAAAGCAGGCAAAUAUGAAGCUCUGAUCCACCAAAAUAUAGACACACGUAAAAAAAGCUGCUCCUUGCAAAGUUUGUACUGCUGCCGAAAAAGACUAACUGUACACUGAAGCCUUUUGCUGUAGCUACGCUUCCCAGAGAUCAGGGAGAAAAUACACUUUAUCUACGUUUUUGUAUGAAUCCUUUCAAAUUUGCCAGUAAUUUUGUAUGUAGUCUCUUAAAAACUGUUUCUUUUGCAUCUAUUUUCAUAACUGUGAUGCUGCAAGCUGCAGCAAGUAUCCUCAUGUGACUAUCCAGUAGUGAUGCCGCAGUUUUAGGGACUGCGCUACAGGAGAAUAAGCUUUCUACUGCCUAAGCUCUUAAACUUCAGCUCUACUAAAAUAAGAUGUUUAGUAGCAAAUUGUACAUUAAUAUAUUAUAGUGUAAGUAUAUUACUCAGGAAAAAACACAUAGAUGCUUAAAUCAAAUAUUAUUUAAUCUAAAGUGCUUUUUAAAAUAUAUAAUAUUAAAGGAUGCCCUGCAGAGAUGGCCAGUUUGGCAUAUAAAUAUAUAAUAGAGUGGUCUUAUUCAGCAUUACAUUAUAGAAAUGGACCAGUAAGAGAUUCACACCUAAUCAUAACCUUAAACAAUACCAAGGUUUGAUCACAGUAAUUAGACGCAUUACUGUCAAACUAUGGGUUAGGGAUUAGAGUGAAAGGUGAAGUAGCUUACUGUCAGCCAGCUGACUGACAGUGUGCAGCAACAGGGGAUGAGUAAAGGCAGUACUGGGUGACUAUGCUCCAUACAGCUUGCACGUUCUCAUCCAAAGGGCAUUAAACAGAUGGAACUGUGUGAUGGAAAAUAUGACUGUU